CUGUGGCAAAAAAUGUCUCGAUCUUUCAUGUGACCUCCUCCUCUGAUAUCACGCUGCUGAUUCCAUAUCUUGCCUGUGAUCUGCUUCAAUACCAUCUGCUUUCGAGCACCCCCUUUAAAUAUAUCUUGACUUUUCCUCUACCUUUCUCAUCACUACUACAGUGAUCUCAAACGACGUUUAUUUACUCGAGAGAUCACAGAAAGGGAAGAAAGACCGUACGUAGACAUGAAGGGUUUUGUUUGUGUUUCUGUUCUUGUCGUCAUUGUUCUUCUUUUUGUUCCAGAAGUUAUGUCUAUGAGGCAAAUUGGCCGGCCACGCUCACAUGCAGGUACUCAUGGGCUUGUGCAUUCCAGACAAAGGAAAGCAGAAGAUCAUGACAUGGUGCAGGGAAAACCCAAUAAUUUUAAUUGGGGAAAAAUGAAGAGAAAGAGGUCAUCAGAUACGGUCCGAGUUGCAGGUUCAAGCUUGCCAGAUUGUUCUCACGCAUGUGGGUCUUGCUCGCCAUGUCGACUAGUCAUGGUUAGCUUUGUCUGUGCAUCGCUUGCAGAGGCUGAGACGUGCCCUAUGGCUUACAAGUGCAUGUGUAAUGACAGAUCUUAUCCUGUUCCUUGAACCUGAUCUCUUGAUCUCUUCAAGAGUUCUUCGAGAUCUGCGAUCUUCUAUCUCAAGUACUUUAUCUUCCCCAUCUGUAACAUUAAUCAAGUAGUACUACUAGUCAUCAUCGUCUUUUAUUAUUUCCCUUUCUUUGUUUCUUUAAUUUGAUCUCCUUCCAUUUUGGGCAUCCAGAGUUUUUUCCUUAAGCUAGAUGUUGUAAAUUAAUUUCUCCCUUCGGAUCAUGGCUAGUCACGAAGUCUGGUAAAUUUUUG